ACAGGCCUUCCAUCCCACAUGCGUCCUGACUUUCUGAUCAGCCAAAGUUGGAAUGGUUCGGUGGAGCCUCUCAUUUACUACAUUGAGAUGGCUUGUAAUAAUAUGUUUGGUGCAGGGAAGAACGGCAUGAUCAACCCUGUUGAUCAAGAACGCACUUUUACACUGGAGCUGGCAGAAGUAUGCACUCGCGAUGAGAAAGUGUACAAUCUGUUAAUGGAUCUGGAAGUGUUGCAUGACAUGGCAAAAAAACUGCCUGAAGAUUAUAAGGGCUUUGAGGCUCUUUAUGCUGGUAACCAAAUCAUCAAUCAUAUUGUCAAAAAUGAGAUGAGACAGGCUCGCCAGAUAGCAAGGACUUUCUUUUCUAAGAUUAAUGGUGCUCGAGCCCAUACUCUGGCACUCAUGGGCCAUUGCCACAUAGACAGUGCAUGGCUGUGGCCGUACUCUGAAACCAAGAGAAAGUGUGCCAGGUCAUGGAUUUCCACCCUUCGCCUGAUGGAGGAAUAUCCCGAGAUGAGGUUUGCUUGUUCACAGGCUCAGCAGUUUGCAUGGGUGAAAGAACAUUACCCAUCCAUUUAUGAGAAGAUAAAGAUACAGGUGAAGGCAGGACGGUUCAUCCCAGUUGGUGGAACCUGGGUGGAAAUGGAUGGCCUCCUUCCCAGUGGAGAGUCAUUCAUGCGGCAGUUCCUCUACGGUCAACUUUUCUUCAUGAGGGAAUUCGGUGUCAAGUGUAAAGAGUUUUGGCUUCCAGAUACCUUUGGCUAUUCUUCCCAGAUUCCACAGAUUUGUCAGCAUUUUGGAAUUAGUCGCUUUCUUACCCAAAAGUUGAGCUGGAGCUUGGUGAACAAGUUCCCUCACCAUAACUUCAUUUGGGAAGGGCUGGAUGGCAGCACUGUCCUUGCUCACUUCCCACCUGGGGACUCUUAUGAAAUGAAUGUCAAUGUUGAUGAGGCCAUAAAGACAGUCAAUAAUCUUGAGGAUAAAGGUCGUGUCUCCACUUCCGCCUUCCUGUAUGGCUAUGGAGAUGGAGGUGGUGGACCUACGAGAGACAUGUUGGAGAGAGCCAGGCGCCUGAAGGAUGUGGAUGGAUGCCCAAAGAUGGAGCACAUGUCUCCUGAUGACUUCUUCAGGCGUCUGGAAUCAGAAAAGCACAACUUGUGUCGCUGGGUGGGAGAACUUUACCUUGAGUUACACAAUGGCUCUUACACAUCACAGGCUAACACUAAACGUUUAAACCGCGAGUGUGAAUUUGCACUCAGGGAUGCUGAAUUGUUUCUUGCUAUCACUGCUAUGAAAGGUGGCCUAGACAGGCAAACAAUAUACAGACACCAUGAUGCCCUUGUUGAUGCCUGGAAGAAGGUCCUGCUCAACCAGUUUCAUGAUGUGUUACCGGGAACCAGUAUUGGCAUCGUGUACAAAGACAGUGACCAGCUCUACAGAGAAGCCUUGACUGCUGCUGCAAAGACCAGAGUUGCAUGUUUGCCCCACAUAAUGCAUGAGUCUGCCCACCAAGGAUCCAGAGAGCAAGCUGUGGCAGUGAACACUCUCCCUUGGCAAGUGCAUCAGGUCAUCAACCUCAAAGAGGACUGUGAUGAACCAACCAGGAAGCGCAUGCGGGUAGAAGGGGAACUGAAUGAGGCUGCUGGUGGAGGCCACUAUAUUGCCGUAGAAAUGCAAGGCAUUGGGUGGUCAAAACUCACCCCCAUAAACCCCCCAGCUGUGAAAGUUUGGAUGGAAAAAGACACCUUUGUUCUAGAAAACAGCUACAUACGAGCAGAGAUUAACAAAAAUGGGCAAGUGACAAGUCUGGUGCUUGCUGACCAGCCAGACCAGGAUGUAUUUAGAACAACGGAUGGGUCGCAGUGUGCUGGGAAUCAGUUGAUGAUUUACGAUGAUAUUCCUCUGUACUGGGAUGCUUGGGAUACUAUGGAUUAUUACUUGGAAACAGGAAAGAUCUUGAAUGAAAAGCAGAGUGGCUGCAUACUGUCAGAAAUACAAGUCAUUGAGAAUACCCCUGUGAUGGUGAGACUAGAAUGGAAAAUGAAGAUUAGUGAGGUCUCUGUUCUUAACCAAGAAAUAUCCCUGUCAGCUGUGAAUCCCUACCUAACCUUCCACACACAUGUAAAUUGGCAUGAGAAUCGCAAGUUCCUAAAAGUGGGUUUCAACACAGGCAUCAUUGCACGGGAGGCAGCUUUCGACUCACAGUUUGGCCACUUGUAUCGUCCUACUCACAUGAACACUUCAUGGGACUCGGCUAAGUUUGAAGUGUGUGGCCACAAAUGGGCUGACCUCUCAGAGCAUAACUUUGGCAUAGCAGUCCUCAAUGAUAGCAAGUAUGGGUGGACCGCACGUGGUAGCACUCUUAGCCUCUCCUUGCUGCGAUCGCCCAAAGCCCCUGAUGACCGAUGCGACAUGGGCAAACACUCGUUCAAAUAUGCUCUUAUGCCCCACAGAGGAACGCUGCAGAGUGCCGGUGUGCCUCAGAGAGCAUAUGAAUUCAACACAAAUCUGAUAGUUUUCACAGCAAAAUUAUCAAGAGAUAGUGAUAUCAAGGUGGAUUGGUUCAGCGUGAUUGGGGAGGGAGUUAUGAUUGAGGCUGUGAAGUUGGCCGAAGACAAGACUGGGGACGUUGUGGUGCGCCUGUAUGAAAUGCAAGGGGGAAGCCACAGAAUAUGGUUGAAAGCAACAGCCAUUCCUCCUCCAAAAGGUGUCCAUCUCUGCAAUGGACUAGAAGAAUCAUAUCAGCCACUGCCAUUUGAUGCCAGGCCAGCUAAUGUGGGACAGGAUAAUAAGUACUUCUAUAUACCUCUUACCUUCUCUCCAUUCAAGAUUGUGAAUGUUCGCUUCCGAUAUGCCUAAGUCCCACGUCUGUUUUAUACAAAACAGGAAUCUUUUUAAGCUUCCUGGAGAAUUAAGCUCUACUCAAUUUUGUGUGUGUCAUACUGAAGUGUUAGGAGAAUGAUAACUAUAGCAAAAGAUUGAGGUUUAUGGAAAGGAUAACUGCCUUUGUUUGUUGAUUUUUAAGGGAAGUGUGAAGGUUGCAGGAUUGGGAAAAGGUGAUGGGUGACUUUGAAUUAGAUAGUUAGGUUGUCAGCUGUAGUUAUAACAUGUUGGGGGAAUACUGAGGUGUUUUGGUAUGGUUGUGUCCAUGUUCUGUAGAACAAAUGACAAAAAAAAAGAUUGUUGUUGAUUUUACUGUUGUUCCUUUAAUUUUUAUAAAAGAUAAAAUGUUUGUUGGUAAUAUGUAUUUUAAAGUUAUUUGGCAUCUGUGAUGUUUUUAUCAUUUAUUUUUCUGGUUAAACAUUAUUCUUAAUAAUCUUAUUAAAUAUAGAUUAAAUUGUCUGAAGCAAAGAUGAAAAAAUAUAUACAAAAAUGUCUAUCAUUGCAGAAUUAUGAAUCAUAACGUAUUCCUGAAAUUUAAUGAAAGCAAUUUUUUCCCCAGUUAUGAUGAUUAUUGAUUAUUAAUUAUCUUUACAUUUUACUGUUCACUCGUUUGAACUUUAUGCUUAUAUAUGUUCAGCUGUCUGUGGUGUAGAUAUAAAAGCCAUCAUGUAAGAAAUUUUACACAUUUUGUACUAACAUAGUGAAUGAAGGUAAGAUUCACUUUCACUGGUGUCAUUUAUGUAAUAGCAUCGUUUACUGAAUUUUUCUUAUAUGAAACAGUUUUGCCAAAAACAUUAUUGAAAAUGUUAA